AUGGAGAUUGGGAACAGUUUGCCAAAGUCCCCCAUGCAAGGAGACUUCUUGAACCCCAUUUCGAAUGGCAAAGACCUCAACUGCAUGCACGGUGAGGAGUGGCGGAUGUGGCGAUCAAGAUUCAAUCCAGGAUUCAGUCAAGGCAACAUCAGGACCUGGAUACCUGCUAUUCUGGAGGAGGUUGAGGCCUUCGGAAACGUGCUCAGAAACCUUUCCGGUGGGGCCGGUGAAUGGGGUCAGGUUUUCCCACUUGAGCAAAUAUCCAGUAAUUUAGCAUUUGAUGUCACAGGGAGUGACACUCGAUUGAACUCUCAGUCACCAUAUCCCUCUCCAUUUACCAUCGCUUAUCGAGAGCAAUUGAGCCGCAUGGAAAUAACGCUUAGUCCUCUCAAGCUUCUGUGGAGGGCUACCCCCAUGGUUCAAGCUAUUUGCAGCAUAGGCACGGUUAGCCAAGGUCCACGAACUAUAGUCAGACAGCUCCAGUUGAAUCCCGAAUGUAUUGUUAAAUUGCAGGCCGAACACGAUGCGGUUCUUGGUCCCGACCCAAGACUUGCUGCGGAAAGGAUCCGGGAGGCUCCCCAUAUCCUAGAUUCGUUAAAGUACACCCUAGGAGUCAUCAAGGAGACACUGCGCACGAGCCCAGCUACGAUCACAAUCCGGGAAGGUCAACCUUCUUUCAACUUCAAGAUAAAGGGCGAGGAGGAACCGUGGCCGACAGACGGGUUUGAUCUCUUUGACAGCUCUAUCACCAUCCAUCAUGAUCCAUCUAACUUCGCCGACCCACACAAGUUCAUCCCAGAGCGAUUUUCCGUCCCAGAAGACGAUAGACUACAUCCAGCGAAAGAUACAUGGCGCGGGUUUCAACUUGGACCUAGAAAAUGUAUCGGACAGGAACUAGCGGUUGUUGUACUCAAGUUGGUGUUGGUGUUUACUAUCCGUACCUUUGAUAUUGAGAUGGCUUGGGACAAAUGGGAUAGGGUGCGAGAACUGCAGGGUUUGAAGGUGGAUUGCCAGAUGGUUGAGGGAGAAAGGAUGUAUACAACUGGGAAGGCCACGUCGCACCCUAAAGAUGGUGCACCGAUGCACGUGCGAAUACGGUCCUCGUCCAUGUGA